GCGCACCAUGGCUGCGCCGCGUGGACAUAGUGUCCGGGUUCUCGCUCGGAUAAGGCCAUCUCUUCCUCACGAAGAGGAGACGGUCGUGCCGUGCUUGAGGCCCAUCGGCAGCGCACAGCUGGAGGUGCUCCAGGAGCCAAGGGCGCAUCUUACCGACGGCCGAAGUCGACGGCGCACUAUCGGUGGUCUUCCGAACGCUGGCAACUGUAGGUCAGCAGACACCUUGUCAGAUACCGUCCGGCCGGGCGGGUGGUUUGACAUGCCUUCACCUCUCGCGGCGGCGGGUGCUUCAGGACUCCGCGAAUUAGAAUCUCGGACCUUCUCAUUCGACAAGGUCUUUGAUGCGACCGUCACCGACGACCAG